AUCCAGUCCGGGACGUGCGCGCUCCCGCGUGCUGCUGACUGCUGAAGUAGGCUAGUCGUCCCGCGGCUAGCCGUUAGCUGCUGCUCGUGUCCGCGCUCCCGUUCACGGUGUCCUCCGGUUCUUCGGCAGCGUACACAGAAACGUUAACCGGGGGUUUAUUCGAGGAUAUCGAUCCACGAUCAGGUGGAUCUGAUCCACCAACUGUCACUAAGUCUGAUAGCUCUCAGUUAGCCUCGCAGCCAAAAUGGCGGACAACGAGGAUGACAGCAGUUUGACCAGAACAAUAACAGCCGCGGAGCCUCCGGGGUCUGAGGUCCAGCCUACCGGUGCUGAGACCAGUUCAGAGUCAGUACCCGGUGCUGAGACCAGUUCAAUGGCAGAGUCCGGAGCUCAUCUGGCGGACUUGUUGCAGAGCUGCCCAGAAGAACAGAACUUCCUGGUGGGCACAGAUUUCAGCAGCCUCGGCCCGGACCUGGUGAACACCACCAUCAUCUAUGUGCAGCCGGACGGCAGCCUGGUGGAGGGCUCCGGGCUGUCCCCUGAGGAGCAGCAGGCUCUGCUGGACCAGCUCACCAAGCAGCAGAUCGUCCAGGUCUCCGACACCGAGGCUGCCCAGUUGCUCCAGCAGAGCCAGCUGGUCAAAACCAUCCCGAUCCAUAACACGGCUCUGGACCCAAGCCAGCUGCAGCAGGUCAUCAACCAGGUCACCAAGUCUCACCAGCAGGUCAACGUCCAGGUCCCCCAACAUGGUCUGAAGCAGCAGGUCCAGGUUCCCCUGCAUGGUCUAAAGCAGCAGGUUCAGGUUUCUCAGCAGAACUUAAUGUCUACACCUCAAAACAAUGCUUCCCAGCAGCUAAAGAGUGUCGCCAAACAGGUAGCCAUGCAGACCGCAAGCUCGGUGCAGGUGGUCCAGAAGAAGUCGGAGCUCGUCAGGAUCCAGAUCCAGGUUCCCCCCAAAAAGGAAGUGAAGUCUGUCUCGACCCUCCAGCAGAGGAGUGUCGCGGUCAACAAUCCGCAGGUCAAGCUUUCGGCCAACGGGAACAAGAGCAGCGCUCAGAUCAUCCACAUCCAGCCUGUGGUUGGUCAGCCGGGUCAGCAGUUCUUCCUGCAGCAGAACCCGGGAGACCCCCCCAUCCAGCUGCUGCUGCAGAGCUCCACCCCCGUCGUCGGAUCUCUGCUCCCAUUAGUCCACAAGCUCACAGGCCAGACAACAUCAGCAUGCACUGCUUCCAUCCCAAUUCAGAAACCAGCAACAUCCCCUAUCAGAGUCCAGACCCCCUCCAUCGUCCAGACCCCGCAUUCCUCCGUCCCACUAAUUGAAACCCCUGCUAACGGUACGACGACAGUCGCCAGCAAGAGUCCAGGUAAAUCACUUGCAGUCAUCGCGGUGGUCCCAGUAGAGAACGCCACACCUGCUGUUGCCCGACCCGCCACUGUGGCCCCGGCCCAAGCAGUAAAGAACAGAGACCGGGAGAAAGAGAAGAAGGCGAAGACGAGCGAGAAGAGGGCUGUGAAGGUCCAAACCAGAUCUGGUCGAGUCUCCAGACCACCGAAGUACAAAGCCAAAGACUACAAGUUCAUUAAGACGGAAGACCUGGCGGACAGCCAUCAGUCCGACUCGGACGACUACUCCGAUAUGAGCGUGGAGGAGGAGGAUGGCGGGAGGAAAGAUGGCCCCGCCCCUGGCGUCUCUCUUACCUACAGCCACAAGUCCCGGUCUCACCGCUGCCAGACGUGUGACAAGGCCUACAUUGGUCUCGGAGGCCUGAACCGGCACUACAAACUGAACCCGACUCACGGAGAGCCCGAUCUGCCCGACAACAUACCACACCCCCUCAGGGAUGAUGGCCAAUCACAGAAGACGAAAACAGGAGGUGUCAGUGAGGAGGAUGAGGAGGCAGAGGAGGAGGAGGAGAAGAAGAAGAAGAAGAUGAAGAUGAUGAUGACGACGACGACGACGGAGGACAAACCUGUUGAGACGGCAUUAAACCGAGUGGAGGGGGGUCCAGCGUCAGCUGUCGGACUCAGGGGCCUCCAUCAACGGGGCCCCGGCAGGCCCCGGGGACGAGGGAGAGGGAGAGGCAGGGGGCGGGGACGAUCACUGGGACCGCUUCCUAAAGUGACGGUGGGCCUCGUUAGUAGGCGGGGCCGUCGUGGUCGGCCUCCAAAGCUCGCUGUCAAUUUGGCUACCGCAGAGCAGCAGGUGGAGCGGAGACGAGAACAGUUGCAGGAGCUGGUGGAGCAGUGUGAGGAUGAGGAGCUGAUGGACAUAGUUCUUCCUCGUUUGACUAAAGUGUUGAGUUUGUGGGAGGUUCUUUUGGCAAAGGUGGAGGGCACCGGUCCUGCUCGGACUCUGUUUCCAGACAUUUACCGUGAGUUUGAGUCCCUGCAGGCACAAGUAAGACAGGCGGCUCAGGAUUACAUCAUUAGCCCGCAGGGCGGAGCUCUACCACUGGAGGUCAGGAACAUCGAGGUUGCCAGGUCUCUGGGAAUCCUAGACGAGGUGAACAGGAUGAAGGUGGUUCCUGGAGCGUCUCCCAGCUCCAGUCUGACCAAUAAGAACGUCCGAUACAUGGAGAAUUCCAAGAUGUUGCCGCCUUCCAAGAGAUUCAAGAUGGAGAACAGCGUCCCGAUUCAGAAUGGCAUCGGCACGCACAAAGCAGAUGGGACUACAGUGACACUUGUAGCCCCUGUGACCUCGCUGAAGCCCUGCUCGGUCACCGUCUCUCCUUUGGAGAUUCCUGCUGGAUCCAAACUGCUGACCUCCAGUGCUGACCAUUCCUCCAGCUCCUCUGGUUCCAUCUCUGCUAUGGUACCCGCCACCCAGGCUCCGCCCCCUGCCAUGCCCAUGGAGGUGACCCCGGGUGAGAACCAGGGGUUGGAGCCUCUGCAGACUAAUGUCAAGGUAAAGUCUAUGCAGACAAACCAGGUCUUGAGCACCAGUGACAUCACAGCCCAAAUAAAGGAGCUGGAAAAAGCUCUGGGUUCAAGUCCCGAAACCAACACAGACUCAAAGAAACCUGAAUCCAGCUCAGUCCAGACUGUGGCUUCCUCUGAGCGCCAGCAGAGGGAUUCCACCCUAUCCGAGUCAAGUUCAGCGGACCCCUGCCAGUCCAAAGAGCUUCAGGAGGGUCAAGAGAUCUACAUUCAGACCGAGGGCCUGACAGUCCAGCUGGCAGAGCCCAAUGUAGACCGAAUAAUGAUUGUCAACGGUCCGGACGGGGCCACCAUGCACAUCGAGAACCCAGGCGGGAUCCCAUUGGAGGCGGGCCAGGCCCAGCUGGGCAUCGAGGCUUCAGACGGAGCCAAAGCUUCUCAGUGAACCCUGAACAGAAUCUUAACUGAGCAAGACCAGAAUCUGACCUGAACCACAUCACACUGAUGAGGAGGGACUGGAUUUUUUAGGUGGUAUUUAUAAGGUGUACAAAGUGCAAACGUGACAUUAUCAAUGUGGGUGUAAUGAACACAUCAGCCUGUAAGGGGCACUUCUUGACCAGACUGCUGGUGUGGGGUGUAAGGAGUUUCUGUGAGCUCCAUCCUGUUGAACACGUUUCAGUUUAACACCGGAGGACAAACCGUUCUGCUAAUCUCACACCUGAAGUGACGUCUCGUUCUUUCUUUGCGUUUUGGAAACAAGUUCAAGACCUGAAGUUCUUCUCCCAGAUCGUCAAACAUCAGAGCUGCCGUCUACAAUUUUCAAUCUAAUAUUUAAAGGUAUCAAAAAUAUCAGAUUUCUCCAGAUAACCUGAUCAAUAAAUCCUGACCUUGGGUCAACAGAUUCAAUAUGAGCAACAUUAUUUAAUUGAGAGAUGAUGGAAAAUCAGUUUGUUGUCUGGGCAACGAUUAACAAGUCGCGUUUACUGUUCAGCUCUUUUGUUCUCAGCCGGCCUUCAGGAGCACAAGCUUCUUGCUGGUUUUUUUUAAGGAAUCUGAAGUGAUUGUAAAUUUGUAAACUAGUUUUUCCCCCAGUGUUUCAGUAAUUGAACAUGUCCAUUUCAAAAAUAGAAACUGAUUAGUUGGCUGUUUAUAUGUAGGAUAUGAAAAACAAAGUUGCACUAUUUUAUUACUUUUUAUAAAACAUGCAUUUUUCAAAUGUAAAGUGGACAUUUGUACUUGUUUGGAGAAUUGACAUUAAACGCACUGAAUGGAGGAACUUAAA